GAAGGGCUGGACUGUGCAUCACUGGUGACACUUUCAGACUAUUUUGUUUUAUAUCUUUUAUUCCUUGUGAUUUAAUUUGCGUAAAGCAUGAGCUCUGAGGUUUUAGUGUCACGGCCACACUGUGACAGCAGGGCUGUGGCGUUGAUGGUCCCGGAGCAGAAUCCUCCUGUGGAGCCCGAGGUCCCGCAGCUGUCCUCGGGCUCAGCCACCGCCGGGUACCGCUCGGCUAAGUACACCCCACCCGAGUGGUUCUCCAACUGCCACACAAUCCUCCAACAGGCCGGUGCGGACUGCCGCGAAGCCCAGAGCGUCCAGCGACUGUCCAAGACUCUGCACUGGGACACCGAGGCUGCCACCCAGAAGACACAGGCUGAGGGGACGCGUCUGCUGGGAGACAGGCUGCAGGACAUCCACCACUGGAGGUCUGAGCUGCAGCGGCACAUCGAACGGCUGCAGGCCGACACCGCCUCGCUGUUGGCGCUGAAGACGCGGUUGGAGAAGGCGCUGGACGCCACCGAGACUCCGUACGCAAUAAGCGUGGAUAAUCUGAACUGCAGGACGAAAAGACAAGGUCCAGACCUGGUCAGAGACUCUGUGGAGGAGGAGCUGUUAAAGGAAGUGGACUUAAUCAGAAACAUCCAGGCCCUUUUGAAGAAGACAACGGCCCAGGUUGUCACUCAGAUCAAAAGGAACAGAGAGGCCAAGCAGACGUUAGAGUUGGACUGGUCCGAUAAGUACGAGGCCUACAAUUUCGAUGACCGUUGUGGAAGAUACAGUAACACAAGUCCAGAUACGCAGCGCCAUGCCAGCUCAGCCUCCAUGCAGGAUCAAGUGUCUAACCCUGCGUCAUGGACAAAGUUCACUCAGGACAACCUGAGUGUGGCUGUGCAGGAGGAACAGGCCACCAGCAAUCUCAGAAUGCUGGUGGAGCAAGUUCUCCGGGACACCACAGAGGAUCUGAGAGCUCAGUGCUCCAGCGUGGACCAAGCCUUUAGCCAGCGCUGUGUAGAGAUGAUUGAGGCCAAAGCCCAGCUGGAGAUUAGGCUCACCGAGGUCCUGGAGCAGAUUGGGGCUCAAGAGAGGAACAUUGUAGCUCUACAGCAAGCCAUCCACAGUAAAGAGGCUCCACUGAGAGUUGCUCAGUCCAGGCUUUAUGUGCGCUCCCUCAGACCCCACAUGGAACUCUGCCGGGAUGAGCCUCAACUCAGUUUGGAGGGGGAGGUGAGGCAGAUUGAUGCCACUGUGGCGUCUCUGCAGCAGCAGCUGAGUGACGCCAGAGGCUCUUUGUCCCACCUGGAGGAGUCACGCAUGGCCCUGGAGAAGGACGUAAACUGUAAAACCCACUCUCUGUUCGUCGACAGAGACAAGUGCAUGACUCGCCGCGAGCGAUUCCCGACAGUCUCUACUCUGUCAGGAUACUGAAGUCA